UCUCCUAGCGAAACUAAAGAAGCUUCCCCUCCAUCAGAUGCGGCGAUCGAUUCUCUCAUAUUGUUAGAUGCGACUGACGAUAUCUUCUGCUCAAAUGGAAUUCGCAACUGCGAAAUCUGCUUUCUUUCUUCUCCUCCUCUUCUCCUUUUCUACCGUGAGAGCCUCUGUCCAUAUCUACGAUCAAGACGCCUUCAGGGAAGUUGGCAAUGCCUUCCUUCUAUCCGGUGGCAGCGAGGGGAUCGUUGCUUCUACCGAUGCCGUACGUGAUCAGAUCGGAUCUGGGACCCACGAUGGUCGCUCCUUCAUCCGGUUUGAGGGUAUUACAUUCUGGAGGAAUGCAGAAGCUGCUGCCCAACAUUCAAACAUGGAACAUAGUACCGGGUUGAUUCAAGCUGUUAUCUUUGAGGCAGCUGAUCGGGACAACAUUGGUGGUUCUGCUUAUGGUGGACAAAGGUCUAUUUGCUGCACCCCGGAUCUUGCAAAGCUUGUUGGCUGCAAACAAGGCGAAGUCCUUAGGAAACCUUCUGCUGUGGAUCCUGAAUGGCCUCUUUUAAUAAGUACACAGUUUGGUGGGAACUCUUUGUCUACGAAGAUGGAACCUACAGAAGUCAAUAUUACAAAGACUGGAAUGUAUAACCUGUUCUUUAUCUCCUGUGACCCGAAUCUAAAGGGACUAUUGAUGAGUGGAAAGACCCUCUGGAAAAACCCAAGUGGUUAUUUGCCUGGGAGGAUGGCGCCACUAAUGACAUUUUAUGUAUUCAUGACACUCGCGUAUGUGCUCCUCAGCGCCGUUUGGUUUCUGCAGUAUGUUAGAUUUUGGCGGGACGUAUUGCCGAUUCAGAACUGUAUCACCUUUGUUAUUUCACUCGGUUUGUUUGAAAUGACCCUUUGGUACUUCGAAUAUUUGAACUUCAAUGUCACUGGAGUCAGGCCUGUUGGAAUUACGGGUUGGGUAGUGACUGUUGGAGCUGUGAGAAAAACAGUUUCUCGUAUUAUCAUACUGUCCGUAUCUAUGGGGUACGGUGUUGUACGACCUACUCUCGGUGGCCUCACCUCCAAGGUGCUUCUUCUUGGUAUGACAUACUUCUUUGCAACUGAGUUACUGGAUAUUGCAGAGAAUGUGGGAACCAUCAAUGAUAUUUCAGGGAAAGCCAGACUUUUCCUUGUCCUCCCUAAUGCAUUCCUCGAUGCGUUUCUAAUACUGUGGAUUUUCACUUCCCUUUCUAAGACAUUGGAGAAGCUGCAGGCAAGGAGGAGUUCUGUUAAGUUGGAUAUUUAUAGGAAAUUUACAAAUGCAUUGGCAGUGGCUGUGAUUGCUUCGGUUGCUUGGAUUGGUUAUGAGGUUUACUUCAAAGCAACAGAUCCAUUCAGUGAGCGGUGGCAGAGUGCUUGGAUCAUCACUGCCUUUUGGGAUGCUCUUGCUUUCGGGUUGCUCUGUGUGAUCUGCUAUCUUUGGGCUCCAUCUCAAAGCUCCCAACGGUAUGCAUAUACGGAGGAAAUGGGAGAAGAGGACUUGGAAGAAGCGGAAUCUCUAACCAAAGGAACGCCAGGGGAUUUUGCCUUGGUCAAGCAAGAAAAGAAAGAGAAGGGUUUCGAGAAAACAGAUUCUUUCGGUGCAGAUGGCGGCCUCGAAGAGGAUAAAAGGGAGUGAGAUUUCUGAAGUCAUCAUUUUACGUGCUGAGGAAAAGCGUAUUGGAUCGGGUUCCAUUUCCUAUAAUUUUGAGUGGCAAUUCCUUCUUUUUCUAUCUUGUUAUUGGUUAGGUAAUGUGAGAAUAUACGUAGCAUGAUUUCAAUUGGCUGGAACACCCAUGUGUAUGAUUUUGGGGGUUUAAAGGAAUCUCUCUCUCUCUCUGGGUUUGUUGUCCAAAUCA